AUGCACUUGAUGCCAGCCACGUUGUCUUUGAUAUCGAGACGGGAUAGCGGUACGCCGGUCGAACUUCGUCACAAGCGACGACCAACGCUCGCCACGCUUGGCCAAGCAGCAACAGCACAGGUCUAUGGAAUUCACGCUCAAACACUAUAUAACCACAGGCACUGCAGGACGAUGUCGACCGGUUCUAACGCUCCUGUGAAAAAGUCACAUCCUUUCAAUAUUUCGGGCGUGGUCGAAGUAUCAGAGAUACUUGCUCCAUUAAACGGUCAGAAAUUUACGUACCGGAACGCCACAGUCUCGAUAACUUGCAACGGGCUCAACGACAACAAUGAGCGAGAAUAUGACGGUAUCCUCACCGGCUACUCGACCGCCGAGCACGAGGUUUUAGAUGAACACUGCUAUUCGAUCAAGGGUAGGAUGCUGCCAUCGUCUGAGACCGCCGACUUCCAAAUCUAUUUCGACCCAGUGCACAAGAUUGACGUCGGCGACAGCGAUACCUUUGCUGGGACACUGCACAACAAUACCGCAGCAAGCGGCUUCGGUAUCGUUGGUGCUAAGGCUGAGAUACCAGAUGUGGAGUCGGACUCUGCGGUGUUGGUUUUCGUCAUGAAGCACACUGAUUAUCGCCCUGAAAACAAAUCCACAGUCAAAUUUGAGGUCGAAUACCGGAUGAGACCGACCCCGAACUUAAAAAAAACCCAGGGUUUGGUUCAAGAGGGUAAAGAGACUUUGGUCCACGGGUACAUUGUGGAUUGGAGCGAAGAGCAUCAUCGUUGGAUUGUUGACCAGGUUACUGGCCUUAAUGUUGGGAGCGGCCAUCAAGUUGUGUCGAAAAAGAAAGUCGGCACCGGAAGCCAAGUCACGGCGACGGGACGUGUUAAGCCAGCCAAUCCGAUAAAGCCAGUUCCAGCAACCCCUAAGAAACGGGCUGCUCCAGCCACCAAAGCCAAAGCUCGGGCGGCCAACCAAGCGAAGGCCAAGCCGGAUAUUGAUCAAGGCAAGGAAGCUGAACUCAAGCAGGAAGAGCUCCCUUUGCCACAGCCGAAGAAACAUGCUGCAGCCGUCAAUAAGGGUAAGGCACGCGCUGCACCGCAGGUUGAGCUGGACGACGAGGUCGGCGAGGAUUUUUUUGAUGACGAUCUCGGCGACGACAUCGAACCUCCGCAACAGGGUUCGAGUACUGGACUGGGUACCAAGGCUGGGAGGCAACCCAAGCGGGCACGGGCCUCUUGA